UCUCAAGCAAGUUCAACUCAACAAAAAUCUACAUCUAGCUCGCCUUCAAAAGGAAGUGCAAAAAAGAAGAAAAAAGGGAAAGAAAGUGCAACAUCUAGUGAAGAAGAACGGUGGUUGGAUGCCAUUGAAUCAGGCAAACUAGAGGAGGUUGAUGAUGAGUUGAAGAAGAUAAAGCCAAAAGAUCCCAAGCUUAUGACAGCAAGGCAGCGUGCGAUGAUGGAGCGGAAAACUACUGACAAAGAACCAAAUUCUAGUGGAGAACAGCUGCUAGCUCUACCCACAGGUUAUAGAGAGAAAGUUAUGACUCCUGAAAUGGUAUUGAAAGCUGCUUUGAAAUCCCAAAAACGUAAACAACAAGCGGAUGAAAAGAGAGAAAAGGACAAGAAAAAAACCAUGGAGCGGCUGUUGCGCAAGCAGGAGAGUAAAUCGAGCAAAACGAGCGGCAAGAGUCGAACCAUGCGACGCCAAGUUCCAUCUGUGACGCUCUGUUACAGUCUGGACAACAUCACCAUCACACUGCCUCCAGAUGUGGACUUCCCGCUGGCAGCAGUCAGGAGUGUGGGUCCGCCACCAGCUAAAUUGUGUGGAGUUCAAGGCUGCACAAACCUCAAGCGAUACUCUUGUUCCAAGACUGGUGUCCCUCUCUGCAGUCUUCAGUGCUAUCGGAAAAACAUUAAUGGUUCCAGAAGUACAUGAAGGAAUUUUUCUGUGGGAAAUGUGCCAGUCUCUAUUGUACAUUAUGUAAAUAAAUAUUUAAGAUACUUCACAACUGAU